UGUUUUAGAAGAUGAGAACUACAAUUCCCAGAAGGCUGUACAGUCGAGAGACUGGGACGGCCUUCUGAGGGAUUCCGCUAGUUUUAGCACGGUGGGCUCUAUCCCAGCCGGAUGUAGUGGCCUGACCUGGUGAGAGGGUCGGGCCAGCGGGGCUCGUCCCUCCUGGAGCCACCCCUAGGAAGUGAGUCCUGGAGGAGGCGAGGGUUGUUCCAGUUGUUGAGAAGACUAUGAACAGAUCAGAGAACUUCUUUCCUGGUUCCUCAUUAGCAUCCCAAGUUCAUGCUGCUGCUAUUAAUGGAGAUAAAGGUGCUCUUCACAAGCUCAUCAUAGGUAAUGGAGGUCUUUGUAGAGAGAAUAAUACUUAACGCUGUGUUACCAGUCAGAAGACUUGUGCAUAGGAGCUUCUAUUUUCAGGCAACUCAGCCCUUAAAGACAAAGAAGAUCAAUUUGGGAGAACACCACUUAUGUAUUGUGUGUUGGCUGACAGACUGGACUGUGCAGAUACUCUCCUGAAGGCAGGAGCAGAUGUUAAUAAAACUGACCAUAGCCAGAGAACGGCCCUCCAUCUUGCAGCUCAAAAGGGAAAUUAUCGUUUCAUGAAACUUCUGCUUACACGUAGAGCAAACUGGAUGCAGAAGGAUUUAGAAGAAAUGACUCCUUUACACUUGACUACCCGGCACAAGAGCCCUAAAUGUUUGGCGCUUCUGCUGAAGUUUAUGGCACCAGGAGAAGUGGAUACACAGGAUAAAAACAAGCAAACAGCUCUGCAUUGGAGUGCCUACUACAAUAACCCUGAGCAUGUGAAGCUGCUCAUCAAGCAUGAUUCCAACAUUGGAAUUCCUGAUGUUGAAGGCAAGAUCCCACUUCACUGGGCAGCCAACCACAAAGACCCAAGUGCUGUUCAUACUGUGCGGUGCAUUCUGGAUGCUGCUCCAACAGAGUCUUUACUGAACUGGCAAGACUACGAGGGUCGAACACCUCUUCACUUUGCAGUCGCUGAUGGGAAUGUGACAGUGGUUGAUGUCUUGACCUCAUACGAAAGCUGCAAUAUAACAUCCUAUGAUAACUUAUUUCGAACCCCUCUUCACUGGGCAGCUUUACUAGGGCAUGCACAGAUUGUCCAUCUCCUUUUAGAAAGAAAUAAGUCUGGAACCAUCCCAUCUGACAGCCAAGGAGCAACACCCUUGCACUAUGCAGCUCAGAGUAACUUUGCUGAAACAGUUAAAGUGUUUCUAAAACAUCCUUCAGUAAAAGAUGACUCAGACCUUGAAGGGAGAACAUCCUUUAUGUGGGCUGCUGGGAAAGGCAGUGAUGAUGUCCUUAGGACUAUGCUGAAUUUAAAAUCUGACAUUGACAUUAACAUGGCAGAUAAAUAUGGAGGCACAGCUUUGCAUGCUGCUGCCCUUUCUGGCCAUGUCAGCACUGUGGAGUUAUUAUUGGAAAAUAACGCUCAAGUAGAUGCUACUGAUGUCAUGAAACAUACUCCACUUUUCCGUGCCUGUGAGAUGGGACACAAAGAUGUCAUUCAGACACUUAUUAAAGGUGGAGCAAGGGUAGAUCUGGUUGACCAAGAUGGGCAUUCUCUUCUGCAUUGGGCAGCGCUGGGGGGAAAUGCUGAUGUCUGCCAGAUAUUGAUAGAAAAUAAGAUCAACCCAAAUGUGCAGGAUUACGCAGGAAGAACCCCGCUGCAGUGCGCUGCGUAUGGGGGAUACAUCAACUGCAUGGCAGUGCUUAUGGAAAACAACGCAGAUCCUAACAUUCAAGACAAAGAGGGAAGAACAGCUUUGCACUGGUCCUGUAACAAUGGAUACCUUGAUGCCAUUAAAUUACUCUUAGACUUUGCUGCUUUCCCUAAUCAGAUGGAAAACAAUGAAGAGAGGUACACUCCCCUUGAUUAUGCAUUGCUUGGUGAGCGCCAUGAAGUGAUCCAGUUCAUGUUGGAACACGGAGCCCUGUCCAUCGCAGCUAUACAGGACAUCGCAGCCUUCAAAAUCCAGGCCGUCUACAAAGGUUACAAGGUCAGAAAAGCUUUCCGAGACCGGAAAAAUCUCCUCAUGAAGCAUGAGCAGUUGAGAAAAGAUGCUGCUGCCAAGAAGCGAGAAGAGGAAAUCAAGCGAAGAGAGGCAGAACAACAGAAGGGAAGGUUGAGUCCAGAUUCCUGCAGACCUCAAGCCCCUCCCCAUUUGCCCAGCACCCAGUCUGAGCCUCACAGUCAGAGCUGUGCCCCUAGCAAACAGCCUCCUUGUAGCGACACAGCCCAGGGCCCUGAGCAGAAAGCCUGCAGACAAUCUCCAGGCAGAGAGACUCCAAGCAGAGCCCCCCAGAAGGAGCAGCGUCUUUCCCCCGACUUUCCAAGAACAGGCCCCAGAAAACCAAGAGAGAAAGCCAGAGAACAUUCUAAAGGCCGAUCUGCCUGUGUCCACUUCAGUCCCAAAGAAGAAAGUGAUGGAAACAGGCGUCCAGGGGUGUCCUCUGUCGAGAAGUCCAGAGGUGAGACAGUUGGCGAGCAGCAGUGUGACAAGGGGAAAGGCUCCUUGAAGCAGCCCUCCUGUGUCCGGGGGGCUGGGCCUGACGAGGAGGGAGAGGACCCCAGUCAGGCAACUGCAAGCCUUCCACAGCAGGACGGCCACCGGAAGCCCAGCCGGCAGCAGGACGCAGCACCCAAAGCCAAAUGUGCCUCCCAGAAAAGGCGCAUCCAAGAGCUCAGAGGAGGAAGGCGCUCCCCGGCUGGGUCCAGCCGGCCUGGCAGUGCCAAAGGGGAGGCGGUCCAUGCUGGGCAGAGUCCUCUCCACCACCGGACACCAAGAAACACAGUGACUCAGGACAAGCUCGCAAGAGGAACCUACUCAGAUUUGCCAGAGAGCACAGAGGUGUUGAGAGCUGCGGCUGCAGAUAAUCCAGAGAGAACGAAGCAGGAAAGAGCUGUUUCGAAAAAAGAACAAGGCAGCGGCCGUCAUCCAGCGGGCCUGGAGAAGGUAGGAUCUGCCGUGAUCCACAUGCUGGUUUUUGCAAGACCCUCAUCUUCUUCUCUGUUACAACUGGAUUUCCAAUUAGCCCCACAGAGUCCCCUGCAAUCUCCAAGACUGGGAUGGAGGCUCCUAAGAAGCAACCCACAAUGGUGGUGGAGCUGGAUGUCCAUUCUGGGAUCUCUUUUCCCACUUGAAGAAUCACAGGCUCAGGGAAGAUCUCCUACUGUGGGCUGUGCCAGCCUGGGGGAGGGGCAGUGCUGUCAGCCUGUGGCUGCUGGCACUCUUACCCUUCUAAUAUGGUCUGCUUGGUCUCUUCAGCCUCACCCCCAUGCUCUAGGAUUUUCUCACUGCUACCAGCUCAGGAAGCACCUGUCCCAUCUUCUGUACAUGAAGCAGCUUGGAACCAGAGACAUGGAUAGAUGGAAUCGAAACUGCAUGGCCUUGAUCCUCUAUGCUUGGAGGAAGAACUUGGAACUGAAACCCCCAAAGGCCAUGGCAGUAAGCAGGACCACCAAGAGUCCACCCAAGGGCAGCUCGGCCACAAAGCUCACCAGGCACUCAGUGCUCAAGCAAAUCUACGGUUCUCAAGAAGGGAAACUACGUCAACCCACACGAUCUUCAAAAGCCCACGCUGUACUGAGUCUCAACUCAGUGAGCAACUUGCCGUGUAUACACCUCCUUGACAACAGUGGAAGAUCAAAGAAUUUUUCUUAUAACCUGCAAUCAGCUAAUCCAUCAAAAAACAAGACAAAGCUUCGACUGCCUAUGGAGGAAAACUGCCUGGGGACGCUCCAAUAGCUAGUGCAGAGUUCAGGUUCUGGUUCUCUGCCGAUUAUCUUUUACUCUUGUGGUAAACUAUCUAUGCCCAAAGCCUUACUAAUUAUUAUUAGCUUGAAAAUGUAACAAUUUAAAGAAAAUGUCUGUUUUCUUUCUGCUCUUACACAGCACUGUUUUGCAAAUUUUUAGCCAGCACUGAAAGGACCAGGGUAUAUACUAUGCCUGUGCAAAACUGCCUGUCUGCCUCCUCGUGAUACAGUACAGCUGGAAAGGAAAAGUUCUAAUAACAGUAAAACUAAGAACAUGAGCACUAGAGGGGCUGCUGGGUUGGGCCCUCUGCUCGCCACCUGGUGCAAGCCUGGUUUGUUGGCUCCAGUUGAGGAACUUGAGUGCAAUGGGGAGGAGCCUGUCCUUCAGCUGCCUGCAUUUCACUACUUUUCUGGAACCUAAUGCAACAAACUUCAUUAGAGACACCUCAUCCUAUUAUUCCAACAUUAUCAGUUUUCACUUUUAAACCAGAAUCAUUACCCAGUGUUUGCUUUUAGAAAUUGUAAGGCUACAGUAGGUGCUCUGUUGAUGGCUUAAAUUUUACAGCUCCUGUGUCAGCCUCUGAAGGCCACAGGUUCUGCCAUGUCCUCUUUGUGAACAGCGUUCCCAGUGCUGAGCACCAGCAGCAUCACAGCACCAAGGCCUCAGUCAAGCAGCUUUACAGACGGGAUCAUUCACACACAAGGUGUCAAUUCAGAUCUUAACAUUCCACUUGUAUUUCCUGAAUGACCUGCAGAGGUGAGCAAUCUUAUCAAAAUGCCAUUCCUCUGACACAGGAAACGCUGCUAACUGUGCAUACUCUAGCUCUCUAAGAACACCUAGUUUAAAUAAAAUCCAGUGAUUAUGGACAUUUUCACGUUUUUUAAGGGCAAAGCUACUAGAAAUGCAGACAGGCAGAACAGUGGCCUGUUAGACUCACAAAUAUUUCUAGGGCUGCUAGGGCUGCUUCCAUUUAAGAUUACUGCCACCUCUGUCCUGACAGACAGGAAGCAAUAAAGUGUUAAUUAACCAGACUUUUUGUAGCUAGCUAAUUAAAUCACUUCAUUACUAUAAAAAUGUUUAUAACAUAAGAACUAUUAUAAUGGCUCACUAGUAGAAAAUCAUUUUGUAAAAGUUACUUGGCUCAGAUCAAAGACCUGAUCAAAGGUACAGGAAAACCCACAAUAGCUGUAACACUGUCUUGAAAUCUUGUUAGAAAUCCUGUCAAUAGAGAAGCUUCAGGUCAGGAUGGAUAAGGACAACUACUCCCACACAAAACCAAACCAAAAACUAGUCUGUUGUUGUCUGAAGUGGGACUGAGAACACAGUGAAGUGUGCCUAGAUACAACUUCAAAGAUUAAGCUGAUUUCUUAGUGUAUAAUAGAAGGUACCAUCUUAUUACUCUAUGCUCUGUAUAGACUUAGCUAUGAAAUACAAAAUACACCACUAUCUGUAACUGUGUAUCAUAUGCUGGUUCAGGAAGCUAACCUGUUCAGCAGUUGGAACUCCUAAGCAUUAUUUUCCUAUUUUAGUGCAAAGGAAUGUUCAUAAACAACUUCUUUAAAAGUUCAGCUUUAAUGACAAACAUUUAUUACAUCAGUCUCUCUUCAAAAUUAGAUGUGAAUAAACAAUUUCAAACAGGA